AUGUUCGUUCCGGCCACGAUGUUUGUGCAGUGGUAUCCUGUGCUGGGGGUCAAACAUGUGGACCCAGGGAGGGCCCACCCUGUUCAGCUACUGGGCAAGAACCUGGUGGUGUGGCGGAACAAGGAGGGUCGCUGGUCGUGCUUUGAUGACCGCUGCCCUCACAGAGCGGCACCACUCACCGAGGGGAGGAUAGAGGACGACGGCUCUCUUCUCUGUGCGUACCACGCGUGGCGUUUCGACGCCGACGGCAAGUGCCUGAGCAUCCCUCAGAGCGACAGGGGAGGCAAGGACGAGGCCCAGCCCAAGGCCUGCGCCAAGGUCUACCCCACACAGGUCGCUCAAGACAUUAUCUGGGUGUGGGCCGAGAACGGGCCGGACGCUGGUUUAGAGAGCGCGCUCACCCCGCCCCACCUUCUCCCCGAGCUGGAUGACGAAGAGGGGCUAGCGUCUGGCAGGGUUGUCCCGCAGGGGGUCCAGCACACUGACCUGGCCUACGGUUGGGACACCAUGAUCGAGAACCUCGUGGAUCCAUCACACGUGCCGUGUGCCCACCAUGGGGUCGCUGGAGAUCGCUACAAGGACGUUCGACCGAUAGACUUGGAGCCCGACAAGGAAUGGCCCGUCACGGCUACGGUUCUGGUGGAGAAUGCGGAUGAUGCCGGGGAGCUGAAGAUGACGCUGUACGGCGUUCCUACCAAGCCCGGGUGGUGUCGUCUGGUGGGCCGCCAGGCGUACGUGCACAAGUAUGCUCCCAAGUCUAAGGAGGCAAAGGCGCUGCGCAAGGAGAACAAGCGUCUGGGCAAGAAGCCGUCAGAGUUGAUGGUCGCCGCCAGUAUCAUGUCCAAGAUUCCCCAAUGGCUCAUGCACGCUUCGGCCGGCAUCUUCUUGUACCAAGAUAUGGUUCUCCUUCAUCACCAGGACAAGACACUGGCUUCGGUGGGGCACGAUGGUAACAGUACUUCUAGCUAUGGAAAGGCUGUGUACACCCCAGCUCCUGCUGAUCGAGCUGUCAUGGCCGUGAGGAAGUGGAUCGCGACACAUGGCUCCGGAGGGCCCGCGUGGGAUAAAGACUGCGACCCGACCCUGCCGGAGCGUGAACACAAACGCGAAGUCCUGUUCGACUACUAUGAGGGCCACACGAAAACGUGCAGCACCUGCCUACGUGCGUUGAAGAACAUCAACAAGUUGCUGGCAGCGAGCAAGACGGCUACCGCGGUCUCCUGCACUUGGGGGCUGCUACGAGGGGCGCGCGCUGUGAGCACGCCGACAGCCGUCGGUUCGCGGUCUGCAAGUGUAGUCAAUGCCGUGACGGCUAGGGCCAUACUUCCAGCGGUGGCUCUGACGCUCGCAAGCCUGGGGGCUGUCAAGGUACUGGAGAAACUUCGCGGCCUGUACUACACUUACUCCUUCCACCACCAAGACAAUCCCUGA